AUGGAAGAGAACAAAGGGAAAAUAGUUGGUAACUAUAAACUCGACGAAGAACUCGGCAAAGGUGCUUAUGGUCAGGUUUUUCUGUGCAGAAUCAGAGAAGAGCAGAGCAUUGACCCUUUAGUCAGAGAUAGAAUGCGUUUAGGCAGAAAAGUAGCCUGCAAGAUGAUCUCAGUCAAAAGAAUUCAUCAUAGAGUUCGAAAAUAUUUACUUCAGGAGAUAAAUCUCAUGCUAAACCUUAGACAUGAUAAUAUUUUGAACUGUUUAGAAGUCACUAAAAGUACUAAUAACAUUUAUCUGUUCAUCGAGCUUUGUAAUGGAGGAGACUUGAAGAGACUGUUAAAGGUUAAAGGAGGAAGGGUUGAAGAAGAUCUUGCAUUUACUAUUGCUCUUCAGAUUGCCAAAGGGUUGAAAUAUUUAAAUGUACAAGAAGUAAUUCAUCGUGACUUAAAACUUGAUAAUAUCAUGAUUAAUUUUCCAGGGCAGCAAAAAUCUAAGCGCGUUAAGCAGAAAUAUUUGGAAGAGUUUGAUCCAUCAAAUGAAGACAUAGAAGUUAUCAUAGGAGAUCUUGGUUUUGCAAGAUCACUUGCUACAAAUGAUCUGACUACUUCUUAUUGAGGAACUCCUGUUAAUAUGGCUCCAGAAAUCAUGCAAGGAGAUAAAUAUAAUUCUAAAGUUGAUAUCUGGUCCUUUGGUACCAUAUUCUAUGAACUUGUUGUUGGAUUUCCUCCAUUCUAUGGAAAAGACCACCAAGAUCUAGCAGAAAGAAUCGGAAAAGGUGAUUAUGGAAUACCUUUUGGAAUUGAUCUUUCCCCAGAGUGCAUUGACUUUAUCGAAAAUUGUUUGCAAUUUGAUCCUGAUAGGAGGAUGACUCAUAAUGAAAUGCUUAAUCAUCCAUUCCUCAAAGGAGAAAAAUUGGAAUCCUUCCCUGAAAUCCCGAAAAAAUCUUCCAAAUAAAACUAAAGUUAAAAUUUCUCCGUUUGCUUCAUUUGAUUUAAAUCAUAAAAAUGCCUAUAUGCUCAAUAUACACAAAUUCUGCAUUUCCAAAAGAGAGGAGGAGGAGGAGAAAAAGGAAGAAACUCAUCAACCCGAUGGCAAGAAAAAGAAGUCAAAGAAUAAAGAUAAGGAACAUAAGAAAAAGCCAUCAGCACAAUCUGAUAUCUCUGAUGACUUCGACUUAAUGUCUGAUUUUUCUUCUGAUUUAGACAAGAGCAAACCUAAGAAAGACAAGUCAAAACCAAACAAUAGAUGGAGAGAUAAGAAAAAAGAUCCGAAAAAUGAGAGCUCUAGUAGCUUAUCAAGUCUAUCAAGUUCUCUCUCUUCUGAUAAUCAUGAAGAACCAAAGAAGGAGACAUCAGUCAAAAAAUCUUCAGCAAAAAGAGUAAAAGAGUCUCAAGGUAAGAAUGAGGCCAAACCUCCAUCGCAAAAGACUACUGGUGAGAUUCCUUCUUCAAAGAAGGAAUCUGUAUUAAAAUCUGCUUUGUCAGGGAGCGGUAUUGCCGACUCUGAAGAUCCUGCUUUUCAAAGUAUGCUAAAGUCAGAGCAAAAUGAGGAUGGCAAAAAUGGAGAAGAAAUUGACCUAUCGAAAGAGCCAAAAAGUGUGGUCACUUCUGAAAGUAGAUCUCCUAAAAAGGCAAGAGUUGCGACUUCCAAAAUUGAUAAGACAUUGGAGCAGAAUGAUCCAGACUUAAGUUCUAGUGAUGAUGAACUUGGAGCAACAGCUAAGAUACAAAAGCCUCCUAAGAAGUCCAAGAAGAUAAAGAAAAGCAUUAAAAUAGAAAUGUCCUCAGAGAGUGAUUUUGAGAUAAUCGGAACUGGUAAAAGCGAACUUAAGGUCUUAUCUUCAGAGGAAUAUUCAAAAUUCAUGAAGGUUAAGCCAAAAGUAUAAGAACUAACACAAUUUCAGUAUUAAAGCGUAUUUCUU